AUAAAAGAUAAUUAUAAUAAUAAUAAUAAACGAAUAUAUAUAUAUAUAUAUAAUAUAUAUAUUAUAAACUGAGAGAGGUGAAUCCUUUGACAAUUGCAAAUCGUUAUCGAUAAGAGUGAGAUUCAUUGUCAACGAGUGUCACUUUUGGAUUAAGAAGAACGAAAGAAGCAUAUAUAUAUAUAUGUAUGUAUGUAUGUAUAUGUAUAUAUAUUGGUCUGACUAUUUGGAUUAUUAUUUGUUUGGUUUGGUGUAGAAAAGAAAAAAGAACAAACGAAAAAGGAAAUUAUAUGAAUAACGUCUUUUAAGUGUGUGAAAACUAUAUCGAGAAAGUUUCGAGAAAGAAUUAAGACUGGAUUCUUUCCUUUCGGGGGUGGACGAUGUUCGUGAGAUUUUAAUCGUACGAAUAAUUAAUUCUACGUUCUCUCUUUCUCUAUCUAUCUAUCUCUCCCACUCUGUGUGUCGUGAGGUUGGAAAAAAGGAGAGAAGAGAGAUAUAGAAGGAACGAUCAAAAGAGAAAGAGAGAGAGAGAGAGAGAGAGAGAGACACGCGUCGUCUCGUCUCGUCUCGUCUCGUCUCUCCCGAUCUCGCGAGUGACAAGUGGUCGGCGACGCGCGCUUCAACCACGUGGCCGCUGGUGUUUGCGCCGGUGUUGUGUGCUCCCACACGGGGUGUCGAACGCGAUCGCGAGAAAAUUUCUUCGCCUAGGAGGUGGAGGUGACUUUCCUCGUCCGACUUGUGUUGUUGACUGUAUAUAUCGAGAAGUUUCUAGUGCGUUAAUCUGGGACAUUAAAGUGGGAACGAAGGAGGGAGAAAAAAAAUAAAUAAAAACAGAGAAAUAAAAUUGGACGUUCAAUCUCGUAGAAAGAAUUUUGUCCUUGAGUAAAAAGAGAAAGAAAGUGAGAAGAGAAAAGAACGAACUAGAAAGGAAAAAAAAAAAAUUGUUUUCCAAUUGCUAUGAAACUCUUUUAAAAAAAUUACCUCGUACGAACGAACUAUUGUUUAUCGAGAUCACGGAAAAGUCCAUAUACGUACGAUCUAAUUCGCAUUGGACACUGUGAUACGCGAAAUGCUGAGUGCCUCGGCCACCUCCAAACAAGAACGUAGGGUGCUGCGAACGUCGUUUUUGAGGGCCGUGGAGGCCUGCUAAGAUGACUGCACGUCUCCACUCGCUGAGGCACCAGGAGAAGAAAUCAGUCGGUAACAGCCACAGGCAACAGCAUCAUCAGCAGUCUCAACACCAACAACAGGCCGUACAUCAGGGUCCUAGCCCGGCACCCAGUCCCAGUCCUAGCCUUAGCCCGAGCCCGAAACACUCGGACGGACGUCGAGCGAACAAACCACUAAUGGAAAAGCGACGACGAGCGAGGAUCAACCAAUCUCUGGCAGCCCUAAAGGCGCUGAUCCUUGACAGCGCUAGGCUCGAGAAUACGAAGCACAGUAAACUCGAGAAAGCUGACAUCUUGGAGUUGACGGUGAGGCAUCUGCAAAGGCAAAGAUCUCUUGCACAACCUGGCCUGUCCAGGUACAAGGCCGGCUACCAGGAUUGCUCGAGGGAGGUGAGUCGAUAUCUCGAUGCCCCAGACAUCAUUACGGGCAAUACGACGCCGAUGGACCCGGCAGUGAAACAGAGGUUACUUCGUCAUCUGGACAGUUGCGUGUCCGAGCUUGAUCUAGAUCUUGGAUCGAGGCCUGACAGCGGAUUGGGUAGCAGUCCGGGUAGCGUGACGGAUCGUGUGACCGGAGCUACGAGUCCUGGUCCUUUGGAUCACCACGUGCCACCGACGCCUCAUUGCAGUACGGCCUUGAACCCAGCUGGCCUGAUAAAGUCCGAGAUACCGGAGAUGGAGACGGCCAGGCCGGAUAGUAGCACGACGGCCGGAGACGAGAACAACAACAGUAGCAGACCGACGUCGGCAUUCAGUCAAGUAAAUCCAGCUGGUCUGGAUCCCCAUCACCCUUCCGGUAUACCGGUCGAUCAAGCCUCAACGUCACAGCAAAAUCCGAAUAUGCUGUCGGUCGUUCAGGUGAUACCUUCAAGACUACCUGAUGGCCAGGUAGUUUUCCUUCUACCUAGUCACUACGUCCAACUCGCUGCAGCGGCUGCGGCGAACGGCAUCAGUAUCGGACCGAAUCCACCAACUGCAAUUUGGGCAGCUACCAACAUGUCCUUGCUCAAGGCAACGGAUAAACUAGCCAAAAGACCUCACGAAGAGAUGCAGGAUUGGCAGGAAACCGCGACUGGUGUGAAACCUAGUAAGAGCCCUCGAAUGCAAGAUCAACCUGAACAGCCUCUUGACUUUACUACCAAUUCGAAGAAAUUGAAGACAGGCUCAAGGACCUCCAUUCACGGUAUACCGGGUGUCGAACAUCAACAGCAACAGCAACAACAGCAGAUACCACCCUCGCGAACGACAACCGACGGUGCGAUUGUUCACGAGGAGAGACCCUCUAGUCAUGCGGGUAGUGAAAUCGCUGUUGGAAUGCCAUCCCCAUCGCAGCUCGGUCAACAGGCCGUUAAGGAUGAAGAGAGCAUGUGGAGGCCUUGGUAAAUCGAAUACCUUUGGCCGAUCGAUCGUCGAUCUUAUUUGUAUAUAAAUUAUACAUAUAUAUAUAUAUGUAUAUAUAUAUAUAUAUAUAUAUAUAUAUAUGUUAUAUAUAUAUAUCGAUGGAGAUUCGAGUGAAACAGCUUCGAUUCUAGACAACAUCCACUAGUCAAGGAAAAGGCAGACGAGAUGGUUUUUCCUUCGCUUGAACGAUUUCAUCGGAAGGAGCCGAAGAUUCGUCGAAAUUUUUCUCACGACUCGUUGAUACCAACUCGUACAAGAGAAACGUGUAAGUACAUAUAUAUGUAUGUACAUAUGUAUGUACGUGCGCUAACGCUAGCCGUCUGACGUCAAACUCGAAGUUCUUUCUCUUCUUCGAAGCAGUUUCAUGCGAUUCCGAAUGCCAAAGUAGUAAACGAGGCGAAAAAAUUUAACGAUCGUAAAAAAGAAAAAAAAAGAAAGAAAGAAAGAAAGAAAAGAAAAAAAAAAC